GCGCGGCCACGGCCCCGCCGCGGGCCACCCAGGAUUAUCCGCUUCUGGCUCCAGGCGCCGAGAGGGCGCGCCGGGUGCCCGUGGCCGCCGCACCAGCUCCUCCUCCUCCUGCUUCUGCUCCCCGGGCGAGCGCGCAGCCCGGAGCCCGCCCCGCGCCUCCCGGAGCCCUCCCCCCGCUGCUCCCAUGCGUGCGGGUGGGUCAUGAGCACAGCGCCCUCGCUUUCUGCCCUAAGAAGCAGUAAGCACAGCGGCGGCGGCGGCGGCGGCGGCGGCGGCGGCGGCGGCGGCGCGGACCCUGCCUGGACCAGCGCGCUCUCUGGAAAUAGCUCCGGCCCCGGCCAAGGCUCGUCCCCGGCCGGCAGCACCAAGCCUUUUGUGCACGCUGUGCCCCCCUCUGACCCUCUCCGCCAGGCUAACCGCCUGCCCAUCAAGGUGCUGAAGAUGCUGACGGCACGGACUGGCCACAUUCUGCACCCCGAGUACCUGCAGCCCCUGCCUUCCACUCCCGUCAGCCCCAUCGAGCUUGAUGCCAAGAAGAGCCCGCUGGCGCUGUUGGCGCAAACAUGCUCACAGAUCGGGAAGCCCGACCCCUCGCCCUCUUCCAAACUCUCCUCUGUCGCCUCCAACGGGGGCGGCGCGGGCGGUGCGGGCAGCGGCACCGGGGGCGACAAGGACGCAAAGUCGGGCCCCCUCAAGCUGAGCGACAUCGGCGUGGAGGACAAGUCGAGUUUCAAGCCGUACUCCAAGCCCGGCUCGGAUAAGAAGGAGCCGGGAGGCGGCGGCGGCGGCGGCGGCGGCGGCGGCGGCGGGGGCGGCGGCGGGGGGGUUUCGGCCGAGAAGUCCGGAUUCCGGGUACCGAGCGCCACCUGCCAGCCAUUCACGCCCAGGACAGGCAGCCCCAGCUCCAGCGCGUCGGCCUGCUCGCCAGGAGGCAUGCUGCCUUCGGCCGGGGGCGGCCCGGAGGGCAAGGACGACAAGAAGGACCCCGACGUGGGCGGCGGCGGCGGCGCCAGCAAGGGCUCCGGGGGCGCCUCGGCCGAAGGGGGACCCGCGGGGCUGGCGCACGGCCGGAUCAGCUGCGGCGGAGGGAUUAAUGUGGACGUGAACCAGCACCCAGAUGGGGGGCCCGGGGGCAAGGCCCUAGGCUCGGACUGCGGCGGCUCCUCGGGCUCCAGCUCCGGCUCCGGCCCCAGCGCGCCCGCCUCCUCCUCGGUGCUGGGCUCCGGGCUGGUGGCCCCCGUGUCGCCCUACAAGCCGGGCCAGACAGUGUUCCCUCUGCCCCCCGCGGGCAUGACCUACCCGGGCAGCCUGGCCGGGGCCUACGCGGGCUACCCGCCGCAGUUCCUGCCGCACGGCGUGGCUCUCGACCCCACCAAGCCCGGCAGCCUGGUGGGGGCGCAGCUGGCGGCGGCCGCGGCGGGCUCCCUGGGCUGCAGCAAGCCGGCCGGCUCCAGCCCCCUGGCCGGGGCGUCGCCGCCCUCCGUGAUGACAGCUAGUUUGUGCCGGGACCCGUACUGCCUCAGCUACCACUGCGCCAGCCACCUGGCCGGGGCGGCGGCGGCCAGCGCGUCGUGCGCUCACGAUCCGGCCGCGGCGGCCGCGGCGCUCAAGUCCGGAUACCCGCUGGUGUACCCCACGCACCCGCUGCACGGCGUGCACUCGUCGCUGACGGCCGCCGCCGCCGCCGGCGCCACGCCGCCCUCCCUGGCCGGCCACCCCCUCUACCCCUACGGCUUCAUGCUCCCGAACGACCCGCUCCCGCACAUCUGCAACUGGGUGUCGGCCAACGGGCCCUGCGACAAGCGCUUCGCCACGUCCGAAGAGCUGCUGAGCCACUUGCGGACCCAUACGGCCUUCCCCGGGACAGACAAACUGCUGUCGGGCUACCCCAGCUCUUCGUCCCUGGCCAGCGCCGCCGCGGCUGCCAUGGCGUGCCACAUGCACAUCCCCACGUCGGGCGCUCCGGGCAGCCCCGGGACGCUGGCGCUGCGCAGCCCCCACCACGCGCUGGGACUCAGCAGCCGCUACCACCCCUACUCCAAGAGCCCGCUCCCCACGCCCGGCGCGCCCGUGCCCGUGCCCGCCGCCACCGGACCCUACUACUCCCCCUACGCCCUCUACGGACAGAGACUGACCACGGCCUCGGCACUGGGGUAUCAGUGAGGGCGGUGGGGAGGGUCAGCGAGGGAGAGGAAGGGGCAGGGGGGAGGGAGGAGCCGAGGGGGGUGGGAACAGGGCAGAGGCUACUGUCACCCGCGCGUGGGGAUGCCCCGGGCCAGGAGAGGGGAAAAAAUAUAUAUAUGCCGUAUCUAUCUACCCGAAACAGCGACCGAGACCCGGUGGGAAACUCCUCUUUCCACCCCCACCCUCUCACCUCCCCACCCACCCAAACUUUAUAAAAGUUGGAAAAAAAAUAUCAUUUGACUUUUUAUAGAAAAAGAAGGAAAAAAUUAAUUGAGAAAGUGUUCAUCUGAGGACUGCAUCGGUGGACACUGGUAUUUAUUUAUGUUAGCUCCAAGCGGACCCGUGGUUCAAAAGUGCAUUAUUUAGGUUGAGCUCCGUAGGUUAAAAAAAAAAGAAAAAAGAAAAAAAAAAAAAAAGGAGGAGGGGUAAAAAAAAAAAAAUUUAAAUCUCGAGGGUAAAAGUGUGGAAAACAAACCCUCCCGUCCCUUGUAGAUUAUAAAUAAAUACAAAACCGCCACAGAACUAGAGGUCUUCUCUUUAAUGUUACUUUAAAAUUGCUAUUAUUGUAUUGUACGUUCUUAUUUAAUGUCUGAUUGAAACACAAAUUUACAUGCAUGUUUGUUACAAAAAAAGAAAAAACAAAACAAAACAAGUCACAAUUUGUCAGCUCUGAUUUCAAAUUGCAAUUAUUUUUAAGGUGUAUACCAUCGAAAGAGAAUGGGUAUUUUUUUGUAUGUAUUCUGGAAGAAAACAAAAAAAAAAAAAGGAAAAACAAUUCUAUUCCAAAACCUCAUUUGCCUUAUUUUGUUCUUUAAAAGGAACACAACUAUUUUUAAUUUUUAAGUCCACCCGCUGAGAAGGGGACAAGUAAGGUUUACGUCAUGUACUAAAAUAAUAGACAAUGUAUCGCUUUAAAGAUUAAAAUUCCGUAUAUUUGAUGUAUUAAAAGGUUUUACUUCUUAUUA